AGGAGGAGCUGUCGCGCUGUCGCUCUGUCGCUGUCGCUGUCGCUGUCGCGUCCCCGGCGGAGCGAUGCUGGCGGCAGCGGCGCUGUGCGCGGCCGCGCUGGGCUGCGCGGCGGGGGCGCGGCUGCUCAGCGCAGUGGACAUUUCCCUCAGAGCAGGGCAGACGGUUUGCAGGCGUGGGACACAGAAACCCUGCUACAAAAUCGUUUAUUUCCACGAUGCCUCCCGCAGGACCAGCUAUGAAGAAGCUCACCUGGCCUGCAGAGCUGAUGGGGGACAUUUGGUCAGCAUCGAGAGCCCAGCAGAGCAGAGGCUGAUUGAAUCAUUCAUCAGGAGCCUCCUGGCUUCUGAUGGAGACUUCUGGAUAGGGCUGCGGAGGAGGAAGGAGGAGGAGGACAACAGCACAGAGUGCCACAGCUUCUACUCCUGGUCAGAUGGGAGCUCGUCCAAAUUUCGGAACUGGUACGCGGACGAGCCGUCGUGCGGCGGCGAGGUGUGCGUGGUGCUCUACCACCAACCCUCUGCCCCGCCAGGGCUGGGGGGACCCUACAUGUUCCAGUGGAACGACGACAGGUGCAACAUGAAAAACAACUUCAUCUGCAAAUAUUCCCUGGAGAAGCCAACAAAAGCUCCAAUAGACAACUCCCGAAGAGCUGUGGCAACAGAGCCCUGGAAGGGAGAAUUCCCAGAGGAACGCUGGAGGAAAGGUGCCAAUGGAACAGCUGGAGGAGCCAAAGAACCUGUUCAGAGCCUUGCCUACAUCCUUAUUUCCAGCGUUCCUGUGCUGCUUCUCCUGAUGGUCAUCACAGGCAUCUCCUGCUUUUGGCUGCUCAUGAAGAGGAGACAGGAGCUGGUGGAUGUGACCCCGAAGGGGGACGGGGCCUGGCUGCCACACCCGGGGAGGGACAGCCCCAAGCUGGACAUUCACAGAGUGAUCAGCAAGCAAUCCGAAGCUGACCUGGCUGGGGCCAGGCCUGGCACAAAGAAUUCCUCCUUCCGUGCCCAGGAGGGGCCGGGGAGCCCCUGCAGGGACCCCGAGGACACCUCCAGCAGUGGCUUGGUGACACUGGCCAGCACUGAGAGUGGCUUUGUCACCAACGACAUCUACGAGCUCUGCGGGCACCGUGUGGGCAGGAGCGAGGAGUCCACCUGGGUGGACAAUGAGAUUUAUGGAUAUUGAGGAAAUGGACCCAAAAAACCCCACUGGAGUGUGGAGUUUGAGUGCCAACACGAGUUUACUUGCCCUCUCUAUGCACUUGUUUAACAAUGGUAUGUCUGGGGUUUGUCCUGGUUUUGCAUUGUGCCCUUAUUCUUCUAUUUUCUGCAAGAUUAGGGGUUUUUAAAGAACCAAACUGAAAAGAAUGUACAGACUUUGCUUUGCACCGAGCCCCCUUUGCCCCAGGAAUGGCUUGUUAAUACCCUCCAUUCCUUUUUGUACCAAAGAUCUGCCUUGAAACUGAAGGACAAUCCAAAAUCCUUAUUUAUUUCUAGACCUCCUCCUCCUCAAAGGUGCUAAAAGUCACUUGUAAUGUGGGAUGGAGCCCUGCUUCCCUGGAGAUGCUGAGCAGUGGCAGGUGGGGAAGGAAUCCCUUGGUUUGCUUUGCUUGUGUGUGUGUGACUUUCACCGU